CUCUCUCUCUCUCCCUCUCUUCGCCCACACCACACUCACUCGGUGUGUGGGAGAGAGAGAGGAGGGAGGCUGUCUAGAGCUGCAUGCAGUACUAGCUGGCUAGGUACUCUCCCCAAUUGCUAGCUCUACUAGUUGUCUUUCUUCCCUAUACACUUAUACAAGUACGCAACUGCUGCUGGUAGCUAGCAGGGAGCCAGCCGGCCGGCCAUACUAGUUCCUGCCUUGUUUCUAUGGUUGCUACCUGAAGGCCAGUGCUUCCAAGAACCGCCACGUCCGCCGGCGGGGAAGUCUAGUUGGUGGUGGUGGUGGUGCGCGGUGCCGUGGGGGCACCCAUGCAGCAGCAGCACCAGGGUGGCGGGACCCAGUACGGGGCCCCGCCGCCGCCGGACAUGGGUCCGUUCUCUCCGCCGGCGGCUUCCAGAGCCAUGCCGCUGAGCAGCAGGCCCCCGCCAACGCAGCAGCAGCAGCAGUCGAGGACGAGCUACGAAGAAUUGGCCGCCGUGUCCGGCGCCGGUGGCUUGCAGGACGACGAGAUGCUGGGCGACGCCGGCGGCUGCGGCGGAGCCGGCGGCGGGUCGGGCGCGUCCGGCAACCGCUGGCCGCGAGAGGAGACGCUGGCGCUCAUCAGGAUCCGGUCGGAGAUGGAUGCCACCUUCCGCGACGCCACGCUCAAGGGUCCCCUGUGGGAGGACGUCUCCAGGAAGCUUGCGGAUUUGGGCUACAAGAGGAGCGCCAAGAAGUGCAAGGAGAAGUUUGAGAACGUGCACAAGUACUACAAGCGCACCAAGGAAGGCCGCGCCGGCAGGCAGGACGGGAAGAGCUACCGCUUCUUCUCCGAGCUUGAGGCGCUGCAUGCCGCCGAUCCGCAGCCGCAGCCGCAGCAGCUGCAGUUGCCACCCACCAGCACCGCCCCACCGAUGCACACCUUCGCAGCGCCAGUGUCCGCGCCGCUGCCGAUGAGUACCAUGCCGCCGCCAACCGGGCCGAUGAAGCCGGCGCCCAUAUCUUCGGCGGCGCCGUCCCCGGCGCCCGUGGAGCUGCCCCUGGCGCAGCCCCUAAACCUGCAAGGCUUCAGCUUCUCAUCCAUGUCGGACUCGGAGUCGGACGACGAGUCCGAGGACGACGACAUGACAGCGGAGACGGGCGGCAGCCAGGACCGGCUCGGCAAGCGGAAGCGCGGCGGCGGCAGCAAGAAAAUGAUGUCUUUCUUCGAGGGUCUCAUUCAGCAAGUCGUCGAGAGGCAGGAGGAAAUGCAGCGGCGGUUCCUGGAGACCAUGGAGAAGCGGGAGGCGGAGCGCACGGCGCGGGAGGAGGCGUGGCGCAGGCAGGAGGUUGCCCGCCUCAACCGCGAGCAGGAGCACCUCGCUCAGGAGCGCGCCGCCGCGGCCUCCCGCGACGCCGCAAUCAUCGCCGUUCUCCAGCGCAUCGGCGGACAGUCCGUUCAACCCCCUACCUCCGUCGUCGUCCCAAUGCCGGCACCGAUGCAAGUUCAGACCCUGCCGCCGCCAAAACAACCUCCACGACUGCCGCCACCACCGCAGGCGAUACCGCAGCCGAAGCCAAUCUUAGCCGCGCCGCUGCAGCAGCAGCCGCCACAGCCGCAGCACAAGGAAACGUCGCACAACGAAGCAGGUACGCCGCGCAGCGCACCCCCGACGUCUGGCACAUCUCUCGAGCUGGUGCCCGCCCCGGAGCAGCACAUCGAUGCCGGGCUAGGAGGAGUGGAGGGCGGGUCGGCGUCGUCGUCGCGGUGGCCCAAGACGGAGGUGCACGCGCUCAUCCAGCUGCGCAUGGACCUGGAUAUGCGCUACCAGGAGACGGGUCCCAAGGGCCCCCUCUGGGAGGAGAUAUCGUCCGGGAUGCGACGUCUGGGGUACAAUCGGAGCUCGAAGCGGUGCAAGGAGAAGUGGGAGAACAUCAACAAGUACUACAAGAAGGUGAAGGAGAGCAACAAGAAGCGGCCCGAGGAUUCCAAGACAUGCCCGUACUUCCACCAGCUUGAGCUCAUGUACCGCAAGAAGCACCUCGGCAUUGGCGGAGCCGCCUCCGCGGCCAAUGCCGCCGCCGCGGCUCCCGCCGCCGCCUUGCCGGAGCAGCAGCCGCCGAACAGGCACGAGAUAGAAGGGAAGAACAUCAACGAUGAUAAGAGGAACAACGGAGGGUCAGGCGGAGGCGCGCAAACCAGCAACGGCGCGACAGCGCCGACGACGACGGCCGCGUUCGACGUCGACGGCGGCAUGAAAAAGCCAGAAGACAUCGUCAGGGAGCUGACCGAGCAGCCGCCCCGGGAGUUCACGACGGACGAGACCGACAGCGACGACAUGGGCGACGACUACACCGACGACGGCGAGGAAGGCGAGGACGACGGCAAAAUACAGUACAGGAUACAGUUCCAGAGGCCGAACCCGGGUGGCACCAACAGCGCGCCAGCACCGGCAACGACGACAACACCGGCCGUGCCGACCUCGACUCCAGCAAGCACCUUCCUCGCCAUGGUUCAAUAGGUGCGCGCGCCCCGCCGGCAACCCCGUAAACCGUACGUAUAUGCGUUCGAAAGAAAAACCUGCAAGCAUCUCCAUCACCGUCACCUCCUUCAAAAGUCCACCAUGCACCAUCAGUCCAUCACCACCAACACUGUCCUUGUUCAUCGUGUAAUUCCCCCUCGCCAUUAUUCCAUUAUUUAUUGAUUCGUUUCGUGUAAUAAGAGCCCUUUCCUUGCGGCCCCUUUAAACAGAGGACGCAGAGUGGGGUUGCGGUGGUAGAUCAAACGAGAGUCAGUUCCGGAGUAACUUAUUUAUAGGUCAUCAUCAUGGUCGCUCGUGUUAAACAAGAAUUGUACAUCGAUGUAACAGUCCUGAUGUGUCUUUUCUUUUCUCCUUCCCCCCCCCCCCCCUUUCGGCGACGGCGGUAUACAAGUUUGUAUACGGGUAUACAAGAAUUACAUACAUUUCAAGCAACUUGGAGCUUAAUUGGCAGACGUGUGAGAAGGUGUUUAUGCGAUGGGGAUUUAAUUUUGUCCUCUUUUUAACAGUGGUAUAAUUGUUGUUUCU